UACAAUUUCAAUAAUUCUUUUAAAUAAAUUAAUGGUUUAGACUUUUAGUCCUAAUAAGGGUAUUUAUUAAAAAAUUAUUCUUCAAUUUGUUUCUCCUUUUUUUUUUCUGAAAAGUAAUGCAUUAAAUUAUUAUGCAAUCAAUUGGAAAAUAAAAACUUUAAUUCAUCGGGAAAAAUAUAAAUGGGAAGGGCCGCGCGGUGAGAUUAGAUUGUCUUUCCUUUCUAGAGAUUUGGCGAGAGAGGAAGAAGAACCGAUAGGAGGAGAGAGAGAGAGUUAGAGAGGGAAAGCCCAAACCAAAAAAAUCCCCCAAUUCCACGCCAACAACGGAAUAAGGGUUUUCUGUGGUUUUUCUUUACUCUUUCCUUUCCUUUCCCUCUCCUCCCAGCUUCCUCCCAAUCCUAAUCUUCUCCCUUCUCCUCCACCACCGAAUUUGGGAAAACCACCGCCGCCGCCUGCAGCAGCCAUGGAGAAGGUGAAUUCCGCUGCUUCUUAACGAUUCCUCCCCUCCCUUCCCUUCUCUCUUUCCCUCUUCCUCCAGGAGAAGGCGAGAAAGAAGGCGAAACGUUAUCAAACCAGAAGAAGAGGGAAGGAGUUGGGAGAAAUCUCUCGCCCCCGCCGGUCAGACGAGCUAUGGAUGCUACCGCUACCUCCGCCGCUUCCGUCCCCGUCCAGGCUCAGUUGGCUGCUGCUGGAUGCGUUCAAAUCGGCGACAACAAGGAGUCCCUGGUGGAUUCCUUCCUCGUCGAGGCUCUCCAGAAUCCGCGCCACCGUCUCACCAUUCUGAGGAUGGAACUUGACAUCCAGAGAUUCCUGCAGAAUGCCGAACAACAGCAAUUGGAAUUUCAGCAUUUCCCUACUUCAUACCUCAGGCUCGCAGCACACCGUGUUGCCCAACACUAUGGGUUGGUUACCAUGGUACAGGACAAUGGAAUAGACGGACUGUUAAAUAAGAUUGUGGCUAGAAAAACAGGCGAAAUCAGAUACCCUUCUGUCCGCUUAUCCGACAUUCCCGCUAAACAGUUAGAUGGUGACCAACCUGAAAAGGUCAAGAUUGCUGUUAGGCCUCGACCUAACCCUGCUAAUGGGUCUAAUGAGUUUGGUCUCAAACGAAGCCCAGUGAGGAGUGUUGAAGAGAGGAAGGAGGAGUAUGAUAGGGCGAGGGCUCGUAUUUUCAGUAGCCCCAACAGCCCAAGCUCGGAUGAUGUGUUGCCUCAAGGUCCUACAGACAAGAUAUUGUCAAUCAAGGAUGAGUCUGAGGGUUGGAGGAACCCUCCAGUUGAUCCUAUCAACGUCAGGGAUGGUUCUUCGUCUCGGGUAGCCAUUUUUAGAGACAGGGAGAAGGAUCGUUUUGACCCAGAUUAUGACCGCAGUUACGAGAGGUAUGUCAGAGGUACACUUAACAACCAGUGCUUCAACAUGUUGCCAUUCAACAUGCAGAAGGUUCAAAUGCCGUACAUUCAGUACGAGACCGGUUUUCCGCAAUCGGUUCCAAUGGUGAGGAAUCAAGGUUCGGUUGCGUACAGACAUCCGGCUGCAAACCCAGUUUUGAACCCCUACUGUGCUGUCGGGGGGAACCAAAUGGCACCAGAUGCAGCAGCAUAUGUUCAAUGGCCCAAUGCAUCUAUGAUGUAUGCUCACUCCUAUGACCAGUUUAGGCAUGCAGUUUUCCAGCCGCCAUUCUGUCAGCAGCCACUGACGUUCGAUUACAGUCAAAACCAUUGAAAUGGCAGCAGAGCUUAGGUUUGUAAUUGUAUUACCAAUUAGUAAUAUGUACUCGUCCAGAACUUCUCUGUUUAGUAAAAAGAACUGCCGCAAUCGAGUUGCUCGGUUGCGAACCCCCCCCUAUCGUACUUUUCUCUCUUCGUUCCUACUCUGAUGACUUGAAAAUUGUAGUAAAAGGAUUGUAAUUGUGUUUGUGUCAACUCUAUGUUUCCGCAUCUCGUACCUCUGUUUUUGUUACUAGUCGCAGGUUUGUGUUUUGUUGAAAUGGUGUCAUGGUUUUGUACUUUUAUUACGUUGAUAGUCGUUAGUGUCAUCGGUUCAAUCUCUACGUUUUUUCGGGUUUAUAAACAGUGAUUAGAGACUUGUUGUUGAUUGUGGUGUCCUUGUGCUUGGUUAUGUGUCUACUUGAUUUGGUAAAUCAUGAUCCUGAUUGAAUGAUUUGAGUUUCUGAGUUUGCUGUCUUCUGGUUUAGGCGAUGGUGCCAGUCUGGCAAAGGGCAUAUCCUGUUCCCUUCGUUUCUUUCUCUGACUUGUUUAUAUUUAGGUGUCCAAUUAGCUGUUGGUGGACUAAUCUAAAAUGGGUCCCCGAAAUAGCAUAAAAGAAAACGGCUUUCUCACUAGAUGUUGAAAGAGCAAAACUAGAUUUGGGCCUUUCGUAUGGAUCUAGUGAGCCUGCUACUUUAUAAGCUUUUGUUCUUUCUGCUUGACGGGAUCGUGUGAUUGAGGUGACUACUGGUUUAUCGUUUUCUAUCCAUAUCGUUGGUUGUUGCAUCUUGUGCCGUUUUUGUUGACGUUAAGAACCACACCGCAUCAUGGGGUGCUACAUAAUCCUUACUGGCGGAGCAUAUCCGAUUUACCGUGCUUACAUCGAAUUCGUAAGUACAUACUUACGCCAUUGAUUCGUUGAUUUCGCGAUUUAUGGUAGCUGGAUCCGCGGUCCAAUAAUGACUUAGGAAAUUAUUACCUUGUGGAUCAAAUUGGUCAUGUAUUACAAAGGCACGAUCCAAUAAUAUGUAAUUUCAAAAACCCUCGUAAUGCGGCAUUAUAGUUAAGGAUAGUACCACAAUAACAUUUGCAUCGUACAUUGGGACAAGCUCACUCUUCCCUAAAUCUGCAUUUUUCCCACCUAGAGAUUAUUAACCUAGUUAUCUCAUGACCAGUCUUCCUAUCACAACAUGAUUUCUUAUUAUGAAUACCUUGUCUUGAGGAUUUGAUGUCCUGCGUUUUUUUUUUCCUAUCCCAAUUCUUUCGAAUUCCGUCAUAAUGUUUCUGUAUUGUUCCGUGUUAGUAGAUAGGAUCAAACUACUAGUACACCUUUGUACAUUUUAGUAACAUUUUUCACCUCUACAAACCAUUUUUUUUUUUAACAUUUGUGUGCCAUUUUUAUUUCCCCCACUCCACUCUACACUUAACCUUGGAUGGAGAUCAAAAUCAAAUGUAGGGCCUCUAGGUUAGGAAGCUUUUGGACAAGAAUUGAAACCGUGGGGCUCUAUCUCAAAGACAUCCAUUAUUGCCUAGAUGAAGUCAGGGUUAAAAUGACUCCUAUCCUUCUUUUCUUUCUCCUUUUUUUUUUUGACGAGAAUUUUCUUUCUCCUUUUUUAGGGACCAAUGUUUUGGAGUUAUAUGGGGGAAUCUAACUUUUUACCCAUAUCAACGACAAGCUACUUCCUCCACUUUCUUGAUUUGUAUCUCAAUUUCUAUGCAAUAAUAAUAAUAUAUAAUAUAAAAGAAGAACCCAAAGCCAAUCGAGAACCCCAAAUCGAAAUAGUGGAGAGAAAAAAAGAAUUAAACAAGUCACUUCUUCCUUGUAAUAUAUUUGAUUAAGUUUAAUAUAUGAUUAAUUAAGUU